CUAUUUAAUUUGAAGAUCUGUCAUUCGAAUAAUCUCCUGAAAAGCAGAGCUCCAUAUUAUAACAUCUUUUGCAAUAUUUAAGAAGAAUUUUGUCUCGUUUGUAACGAUGAAGUGUCUUUUCAUCAUUUCUUUAUGUAUUUAUUACGGAAUAGGAGUUCUAAGUGGCCAAGAAAAUACGACGGAAAAUCCUGAUUCUCUUCAAGCCGAAAUACACGAAAUCCUACAACUAAUACCGAGAGAAAAAGUAACUGAAAUUGCUAAGAAUCAUUUAGUAAGCGACGACGGAUUCAAAGCAGCGAUAAAAUUCAUGAAAAGUGAUGAUUGGAAUGAAAAUGUGGAAAUUAUAAGAGGAAAACCGGAAUGGAUACGUUUCAAAUCAUUUUUCUCGACGAUCGGUUUUCCUGUCGAUACAUUAAUAUUUUGUAUGGAAUCAUUUUUGAAAAUGGUGACGGUACCCGAAGUUCCAGAGGAUACGCCAAAAAAUUUGACAUCUUUCAUGAUUGACGUUGAAAAAGUCGUCCCACUCACCGAUAUCAUCAUGAAGCUCUACGAAAAACAACGAGAUAACAAAAAAUUCAACAAAAUACUGGAAAAAUUAAAAACGCCGGAGACGAAAAUUAUUGUUGAAGACGUCGUGCGUUUACCAGAAGUUAAAAAAAUGUUGACGGAUAUGAAAGAUAUGGGACUCGAUUUAGGGGAUUUAUUUUCAAUGUUUUAUUUUUUCAUGGGUUGGGGUGAGUUCAAAAUGUAACUUGAUUGAUACGUUGAAUUUGUUCUUUUUGAUGUUUGAAUUUGUAUCUGUUUGAUAUUUGAAUAAAAUAAAAAUGUUUAAGUAAAA